UCUCGAGUAGGGGCAGGAAGCGGGCAGGGUCCCCCUCACCGGGCGAAGGGCAGCGGGCUCCUCCCUCGCCACCGCCUUCUCCUCUAGUCUUCCUCUUCCCGCGGGAAACUCCGGGCUCGAGCAGUUUAAAGCAGACUCCUCCUCUUCCCGCCCCCCUUGAUAGGGAGCGGCCCAGCGGGCCCCUACCCCUGCGUUCGCGGUGAUGGCCCUAGACCCCGCAGAUCAGCAUCUUAGGCAUGUUGAAAAAGAUGUUUUGAUUCCUAAAAUAAUGAGAGAGAAGGCCCGGGAGAAAUGUUCGGAACAGGUUCAAGAUUUUACUAGAUGUUGCCAGGACUCUGGAUUGCUUAUGGUGGUAAAAUGCCGGAAAGAAAAUUCUGCACUGAAAGACUGUCUAACUUCUUACUAUAAAGAUCCAGCAUUUUAUGAAGAAUGCAAAAUGGAAUACCUGAAAGAGAGGGAAGAGUUUAGAAGAACUGGAGUUCCUACCAAGAAAAGGCUACAGAAGCUUCCAACAAGCAUGUAGGCAAAUAGUAAAAUAAUACACAGAACUCUAAUGCUGGUGGAAAUCACAGUCACUGGAAAGGAUGGACUCAUGGAUGGGUGUUUACCUUUACCACUUUAUCCUAAAUUAUGAAAAUACUAAUUUUUAUUUGAAAUAAAGUUAAUUGUAAAGUUUUAUUAUUAAAUGGGAUGGGGUAAACUAUAAAAUGAUAUAAAAUUAUCUAAUUACAUAUUUUUCAUAAAAUUGUCUACAACUGUAAUUUUAUAGUAGUGGUUAUUU